GCCGCCGCCUCCCGAUGAACCGCGAUGGGGGAAUGGACCAUCCUGGAGAGACUCCUCGAAGCCGCUGUCCAGCAGCACUCCACUAUGAUAGGGAGGAUUCUGCUGACUGUGGUGGUGAUCUUCAGGAUCCUCAUUGUGGCCAUUGUAGGAGAAACUGUUUACGACGAUGAACAGACUAUGUUUGUAUGUAACACGUUGCAGCCAGGCUGCAACCAGGCAUGUUACGAUCAAGCGUUUCCUAUCUCUCAUAUUAGGUACUGGGUGUUUCAGAUCAUCAUGGUGUGCACUCCGAGCCUCUGCUUUAUAACGUACUCUGUUCAUCAAUCUGCCAAGCAGAGGGAAAGGAGGUUUUCCACAGUCUUCCUCACUCUGGACAGAGAUCAGGACUCCAUGAAACGGGAAGAUGGUAAGAAGGUCAAGAACACCAUUGUCAAUGGGGUGCUUCAGAACACCGAAAACUCCACCAAGGAAGCAGAACCGGACUGCCUGGAAGUGAAGGAAAUCCCCAACCCAGCUAUCAGAACAACCAAGUCCAAGAUGAGGCGGCAAGAAGGCAUCUCUCGAUUUUAUAUCAUCCAGGUAGUCUUCAGGAAUGCCCUGGAGAUUGGAUUCUUGGUGGGGCAAUAUUUCCUGUAUGGAUUCAAUGUCCCGUCUAUGUAUGAAUGCGACCGGUACCCUUGCAUUAAAGAAGUGGAAUGCUAUGUCUCCAGGCCCACUGAAAAAACAGUCUUCUUGGUCUUCAUGUUUGCCGUUAGUGGCAUUUGUGUGGUGCUCAACCUAGCUGAACUGAAUCACUUGGGGUGGAGGAAAAUCAAAAUGGCUGUAAGGGGGGUGCAAGCAAAACGGAAAUCAAUAUAUGAAAUCCGGAACAAGGACCUGCCACGAAUGAGUGUGCCUAACUUUGGCAGGACUCAAUCUAGUGACUCAGCUUACGUGUGAGACUGUGACACAGAAUCAGAACACUUUGCUGGGUAUAACUAACCAUGCAGACGUUUAGAGUUAGGGAAAGAACAUUGCUUAAGCAAUCAUUUCCUCAAACCACCAAGAAAGCCAUUAAGGUAUGGAUCUGCACUUUCUGAGUCAGACACAAAACUGAGUGCUAAAGAAGUGACUGAUGAAGACACAGCUAUAUAACACACUCUCUCUGGCCUUACAGCACUGUUACUUAAUUGUUCCCUCAUGAUCCAAUACUGUCUUUUGAC